ACCCUCAUUAGGCUUUAGUCUUUAUCAUCACCGUCCCCUUCGCUCACUCUGUUGCAGCCAACUUCCAGAGAUCCAUCGAUAAUGGUAGGAGUUUUCGAAGUCGGCGCAGUUCCGUUUAACCCCGACGGCUGGGGGCCACCAGAUUCAACCACCGCCACCACCCCAACCACCACCACCACCACCCUUCCUCUCCACGUUCCCUUUGCUCCCUUCUCCCGCUCCGAAAAGCUUGGCCGAAUUGCCGACUUCACCCGCUCUUUCCCUUCCUCAAACGCCAAUCCAUCCAACCGCCCUUCUUCCGCGAAACCCGGAGCAGCCAAUUCCUCCGACGGACCCUUCGAUUUCUCCCUCGACUUCGACGCUUUCCCUCUUGCUAACCCAGACGACGAUUCCUCCUUCCGGUUAGUCGACGCCAAGCCUCCUCCUCGGCCUAAAUUCGGCCCUAAGUGGCGUUUCAACCAACACCGGCCUCAACUACCUCAACGACGCGACGAAGAAGUCGAGGCACGAAAAAGAGAGGCCGAGAAAGAACGAGCCCGUCGUGACCGUCUUUAUAAUCUCAACCGAUCAAAUCAGAAUCAGCCACGUCGUGAAGCUGCGAUUUUCAAAUCCUCCGUCGAUAUCCAACCAGAAUGGAACAUGCACGAUCAAAUUCCUUUCUCAACAUUCUCCAAAUUAUCCUUUUCGGUUGCCGAGCCCGAAGAUUUACUCCUGUGUGGCGCUUUAGAGUAUUACGAUCGCUCCUUUGAUCGAAUCACCCCGAAGAACGAACGUAGACUCGAAAGGUUCAAAAACAGAAACUUCUUUAAAGUCACCACGACUGACGAUCCGGUGAUCCGAAGAUUGGCCAAUGAGGAUAAAGCAACUGUUUUUGCGACGGAUACGAUUCUGGCAACGUUAAUGUGUGCAUCCAGGUCAGUUUAUUCAUGGGAUAUUGUUGUCCAACGUGUUGGGAAUAAGUUAUUUUUCGAUAAAAGAGAUGGGUCGCAAUUAGAUUUAUUGUCUGUCCAUGAGACCUCCCAGGAGCCAUUGCCCGAAGCUAAGGAUGAUAUUAACUCUGCGUAUUCGUUGGGUGUUGAAGCGGCUUAUAUAAAUCAGAAUUUUUCACAGCAGGUUUUGGUUAGGGAUGGGAAUAAGGUUAGUUUUGAUGAGCCCAACCCGUUUGCCAAUGAAGGCGAUGAGGUGGCUUCUGUGGCGUAUAGGUAUAGACGGUGGAAGCUUGAUGAUGAUAUGUAUUUGGUUGCGCGGUGUGAGGUUCAGAGUGUUGUUGAGGUUAAUAAGCAGAAGUCUUUCCUUACUUUAAAUGCAUUAAAUGAGUUUGAUCCCAAGUAUUCUGGUGUUGAUUGGAGGCAGAAGUUGGAGACACAGAGGGGUGCGGUUUUGGCUACUGAGUUGAAGAAUAAUGCAAAUAAGUUGGCUAAAUGGACUGCGCAAGCACUUUUAGCCAGUGCUGAUUUGAUGAAAUUGGGAUAUGUUUCCAGGGUGCACCCUAGGGAUCAUUUUAACCAUGUGAUAUUGGCUGUUGUUGGGUAUAAACCAAGGGAUUUUGCCGCACAAAUUAAUCUCAAUACUGCGAAUAUGUGGGGGAUUGUGAAGUCUAUUGUGGACUUGUGUAUGAAGUUGAAUGAGGGGAAAUAUGUGCUUGUGAAGGAUCCAUCUAAGCCUCAGGUGAGGAUUUAUGAGGUUCCAGCUGAUGCUUUCGAGAAUGAUUAUGUAGAGGAACCACUGCCAGAAGAUGAACAGGUUCAGCCACCAACUAUGGACGGUGAAGGUGAGGAGGCAAAUGGCACUACAAAUGAUGUUGAGGAUAAAGAGAUUGAGGCACAAACUUAAUGGUUAUUGGUGAUUGCAUAUCCAAAUUCUGGUAUUUAUGGAGAACUACGACUCGGGAGAUGUUAUUGUAUCAAAAAGACCAGAUUUGAAGAUCAAAGAUUAGUCUAUAAAGUAUUGUUCUUUUUUUUUUAAGUCCGCAAGCUGACUUAACAAUGUGAGCGGGGAGAUUGUAUAAGAGCAUUUAUAACUUGUCUUUUAAAACUGAGUGAACCUAAUUCGUAAGCAUGCUCUGAUGGUUUCAUGCUUUGUGUGGAAAUGUGGUUAUAAUUGUUUGCUUCUUCAGAAACUCUUUUCAUCUAGAGUUAUUUUUCUUUACGUUUGUUAAUGUCAUAUUUUUGGUCCCACUGUAAUCCGAUUUGGGGCAUUUCUUUUUUUCUUUUUCGAUUCAUUCUGAUGCUAGUUAUUUGGAUUUGAAUGUGCUUUUCUGUCCUAUAUUAUUAUCUAGGGCUCGGUAAAGGUGAGACUAGCUAAGCCCUGAAGCAGCAAAUCUUGUGGCAGUGAUGCAUUUGAACUUUGAAGCAUCGGAUGUCUUGAAUCCAAUCAAACCAACCCUUUUUCUCCUGUAUACACAAUUAUCAAUUUAUCUCUUUGCAUGGAAAGUGGACGAAACGUUUCAAUUUUUUUUGUAAAGUCAAAUUAGUUUGAAAUUUAGCCAUUUACACAAAAAAACGUGCUCCUUAACUUAUUCUUCAAAAAAAACAAAAAACAAAACAAAACAAUUGUUCCGUAAUCCUUAGUAGACCUUCCGUCUAGGGAAGAAAAUCAAUCAAGGGCCCAAA